AUGAUUCAUCUCGAUGACACAAACGCAAAUGUCAUUGGAGUAUGUGAGGAGUAUGAGAAUAUGCAGGAGAUCGACACAGUCAAUGGACGUAGGCAUAUCGUCAGGUUCAGGAUGACGGAUGGAAGGUACUCUAGUGUUGUGGCAAUCUGGGGUGAUCUUGCAAAGGCGGCACAAAAAGAAAAGGAUAAAGCCAUUGAAACACCUGUCAUCGCAAUCAUGACAUGCACGAAGCUGAAGACAUUCCGCAAUACUGUACAGAUAAACACUGUCCCAUCCUCGAGGAUCUACAUGAAUCUGGAUAUCGACGCUGUCAUUGCUAUGCGCCAGAGGCUGAUUGAUGAAGGUUACACACCUGGCGAGGGAAAUACAGCAACACCAGCGAACAGAACCGUGCAUCAGAUUGUAGAAACUAUGUCACUGAAUGAACUAAGUGAAAAAAUCACUGAAGAUUACAUAAAGAAAAAUAUAUUCUGUGUUGUCAAGAUCGUAAGUGUUGAAGAAACUGGAUGGUGGUGUAAUAGUUGUGGAGGAUGUGGAUCCGAGGUUGAAAAACAAGAUGGCAAGCUAUUUUGCACCAGCUGCGAGCACUGCAUUCCUGUUGCUGAGAAACGGUACAGAGUGGUCGUCCUUGGAGAGGACUCUACAGAAGCAUACAACUUUGUUCUUAUGGAUCGUGCAGUGAAGAGGAAGGUUGGAAUUUCUGCCACUAAAAUGAUCUCAGACAAGCUCAAGAAUCAGACAAGUACGGAUUUUCCUGAACAGAUUAGAACUAUAUCAAGCAAAGAGCUCAGGCUGAAGUUGUUGAUCAAUGAAGAUAACGUUAAAGUAAAUAGCAGACUGUUUUUUGCUGUGGAUGCCAUUGAUGCAAGUGCUCCUAUUUCUGCUAUUUGUUCGGUGUCAGGUACAUACAGCACAACGUCUUCUAUUGCCAAUAGCGCUGCUGUCAAGCUUUCGGAAGAGAAUGACACGCCAUCAACCUCAAAAUCUUCUUCCAAAAGAGUGAAAACGGAACCGUGA